AUGCUGGGCAAGACGCCGAGCCCUUCGGCGACAAAUUCGGGCAUAUUAUCAUCCAUUGUGCUAUCGAAGCCAUCUUGGGAUAUCUUUGCCCGUUCCAGAGAGCCCUGCAUUGAAACAGAGUACCUGCGAACAAGGCCUUUCGAAUUUGGUUUUCCAGUCCUGUGCUUGUGGUGUGCCCCGAUGACCCAACCAGGUGAUUGUCCCUUCACACGAGAUUUACAGCUUCAAUCCUUGAAUUUCCGCAUGGUCGUCUGCCAUUUCCUGCAGCUCUGGUGGAUGCUAAACUGGGAUGGCACAAUCUUUGUGCCUACCCUCACUUCUCCCAGCUCUACGAUAUUUCAGCCUUCCACUGUUAUUGUUCAGGGACCCUAUAACUCAGCAUCAGAAUAUCACAUGCGCAGCCACUGGAAGCCUAAGGAACAAAUGUAA